AUGGCAGGGAACCUGAAGAAAGGCGGGGGGAUCAUCGGAAUGAUGAAGGACGCUUUUCAGCCACACCAUCACCACCUCCAUUCCCACCAUCAGCCCGGAGCUGUGGACAAAAAGACCGUGGAGAAGUGCUGGAAACUGAUGGAUAAGGUAGUGCGUCUGUGCCAAAAUCCCAAAUUGGCCCUGAAGAAUAGCCCCCCUUACAUCCUGGAUUUGUUGCCAGACACGUAUCAGCACCUGCGCACAAUUUUGUCUCGCUAUGAAGGCAAAAUGGAAACCCUUGGGGAGAACGAGUACUUUCGUGUCUUUAUGGAGAACCUGACUAAGAAGACCAAGCAGACCAUCAGUUUGUUCAAGGAAGGCAAAGAGCGCAUGUAUGAAGAGAACUCUCAACCUAGGAGGAACCUCACUAAGCUAUCACUGAUCUUCAGCCACAUGCUGGCCGAGCUGAAGGCCAUCUUCCCCAAUGGUCUGUUUCAGGGCGACAACUUCCGCAUAACCAAGGCUGAUGCUGCAGAGUUCUGGAGGCGUGCCUUCGGGGACAAGACUAUUGUGCCAUGGAAGGUGUUCCGUCAGUCUCUCCACGAAUUCCAUCCAAUCAGCUCCGGCCUGGAGGCUAUGGCCCUCAAGUCCACCAUCGACCUCACUUGUAAUGACUACAUCUCUGUAUUUGAGUUCGACAUCUUCACCAGACUUUUCCAGCCUUGGUCAUCACUAUUACGGAACUGGAACAGCUUGGCAGUCACCCACCCAGGUUAUAUGGCCUUCCUCACUUAUGACGAGGUCAAAGCACGACUGCAGAAGUUCAUUCACAAACCUGGCAGUUAUAUCUUCCGACUGAGCUGCACCCGUCUGGGCCAGUGGGCAAUCGGCUACGUGACGGCGGAUGGAAACAUUCUCCAGACCAUUCCUCAUAAUAAACCCCUCUUCCAGGCCCUCAUAGAUGGCUUCAGGGAAGGAUUCUAUUUAUUCCCCGAUGGCCGGCCCCAAAACCCAGACUUGACUGGACUGUGUGAGCCUUCACCUCAGGACCACAUUAAAGUCACACAGGAGCAAUAUGAGCUGUACUGUGAGAUGGGCUCCACUUUUCAACUGUGCAAAAUCUGCGCUGAGAACGACAAGGAUGUGAAGAUUGAGCCUUGUGGUCAUCUCAUGUGCACUUCCUGUCUCACUGCGUGGCAGGAAUCUGAGGGUCAAGGCACGGGCUGCCCUUUCUGUCGCUGUGAAAUUAAAGGUACCGAGCAUAUAGUGGUGGAUCCUUUUGACCCCAAGGACAACAGUGGAGGGUCUUGCCGGGGCUUGUUCGGGGCUGAGGGUGCUCCUUCGCCUAGCUAUGAUGACGACGACGAUGACAGACUUGAAGACCCCCACCUAAUGAUGAGCAAACUCGCUUGUACAAAGGUGGAACGCCCCCCAUCACCCUUGUCCAUGACUCCUCAAUCUGCCCUUCCACCUGUGCCACCCAGACUGGACCUGCUUCCCCACAGAACCCCUAACCCACCUGGUGCCUCCAGUCCUGGGGUCACUACUAAGGUAGCAUCCCACCACAAAGAUAAGCCCCUUCCUCUCCCCCCUGCACUUAGGGAUCUCCCCCCUCCACCUCCUCCAGACCGCCCCCACACGUCCGUUUCGAGCUCUGAGGUACGAUUGCAGAGACGACCCUUGCCUUGCACGCCAGGCGAGGCCCCCAGAGAUAAACCGCCCCCAGCACUACCAAACCGUCCGCCCACUGACUGGAACUCACGGCCUGUCCCCAAGGCCCCGACAGCCUCGUCUUCAUCCUCCUCAUCUUCCACGUCCAUUCAAGUCUCUGGCGUGGGUGUGGACCUUCGAGCAGGUGUCAGGGAGCUCUCCAACCGACACUCCCUCCCUUUGGCGUUGCCCUCUGCUCUGGACACGCGUACAGACCCGCAGAGGAACAAUAACUCUCUCAGUUUGGACCAUCAGCUGAACUUUGCCACAGUGGUUGGAAAAGAUUAUGACCACCCCAAAGUCAAACCAUCAUCGUCCGCCAAUGCAAUUUAUGCACUGGCAAACAGACCGUCUUCAGCUCUGAGGUCAGUGACAGGAGAGGAGGCCCGCGACAGCGAGGAGGAGUCAGAGUACAUGAUCCCCUCCUCUCGCCCUGUCCUGCCCCCGAUCCCCACCCAAUCUAUGGGAGAAAGCCCGCCGGUCUCGAGGCCCCCACCAUCUCAGUCUCUAUUUGCUCUUCAGGCGCAAGCUCAAACCAUUACGUUCAACCCACGGUCGACAGUGGUAGAGCUGGAGAACGGCCCUCCAAUGUAUGAGGCCAUGUACAACACCCAUGCCAGGUCACAACAAGCCAAGGAUUCAGAUUAUUCAGAGCUACCUCCUCUGCCCGUAAGUAAUGGCCCCAGGGAACACGCAGCAGAGGAUAGGGAAGACGAGGACAAGGGCUUUGACUUCCCUAAACCACGACUGCCAAUGCCUCCCGUCCGUCGGACCUUCUCGGAGCUUGGAGGGUCAUCCUCAUCCACCUCUUCGUCCUCGUCAAGCACGUCAUCCAUGGCAGCUUGUCAUUCAGAGCCCAUAGAAGCUCCAGAGAGACCUCCUAAGCCGCUUCCUAGACGCAUCAACUCAGAACGCCGAGCUAGCCCUGUACCACCAGUUCCCGGCCCUCCUAGUUGCGGGGAGACGGGAGGAGACAUCAACCCUCAGAUAAGCAGCGAGAUUGAGCAUCUCAUGAGUCAGGGCUACUCAUACCAGGACAUCCAGAAAGCACUGAUGAUUGCACAGAACAAUAUUGAGAUGGCUAAGAACAUCCUACGAGAGUUUGUCUCCAUUCCCUCCGCUGCGCACAUUCUCACAUAG